GAUGAGGAGCUUCCUGUCACUCUGCAAAAAAAAAACAAAAAAAAACAACAACAACACACACACACGUCUGUAAAGCGACGAACAAACAUGGCGACGCGUGUUUAAACCAGCGCGGAGGUUCUUGCGCGACGAGGGAUCGGAACACGCAAGUUAGCCGCGGAGCUAACGUCGUUGCGCGGCGUAGAGAAGGAGGGAGGAGCCGGAGACUCCCUCGUUCACCUUCAGCAGCGCCCACAUGAAGUAGUAGAAGGGUGGGGUGAUGCCUGCGUGCUCUCCACCUCUCAAUGAAGAACGACCAGCCGACAUCUCGUCUCCAGUCUCGGGAGGAUGGAGCCACCGCAGCGGGCUAGCUAGUCCUCGUUUCCCCCCUCGUUUAAUCCACACGUGCUAAAUGUAGGAAGGGAUCAGAGGCUGAGACCCUUAUGAAGAAGAGGAGGAAAGAUCUGAGCACCACCUGGACUCCAGUGGAAACCUGGAUCUGAAACUCCUGCAGAAGAACCCCCCCCCUCUCUCGCUGUGUCCGUUCACUUUUCACGUUCCCCCGUCUCCGUCUCCAUCUUCUCGUGCGAGCGCAGGAGGGUAGGUCCAAGGAAGCCGUCCCCCCACCCCUUUUGUUUUUUUUUUAGUUUUUACUUUCACCUUUUUGUGACUUUGUAAAGAAAUGCUUUACCUGAAAAAGUACUUCACAGAGGGCCUGAUUCAGUUCACCAUCCUUCUGAGUCUCCUUGGGGUGCGGGUGGACCUUGACAGCUACCUAAGCAAUCAGCUCCCCCCACUGAGAGAGAUCAUCCUGGGCCCCAGCUCAGCCUACACCCAGACACAGUUUCACAACCUCCGCAACACGCUGGACGGCUAUGGCAUCCAUCCGAAGAGUGUGGACCUGGACCAUUUCUUCACCACUCGGCGGCUGCUGAACCAGGUGCGCCAGCUGGAUCGCCUCUCCGUGCCCAGCACCGAGCUCAACACUUGGCUAGUGCACCGGGACUCUGAGACUGUGGUGUCCGCCAGCAGCCAGUCCAGCGCCACCAUCACCCUGGACAAUGGGGCCGGCCUCGAGGACGUAGACAGCCCUGACGCUACCCCGGCCAUGAGGGGAGGAAGUGGAGCGCCUGAAUCCACCUACAACCUGAACGCAGCGGACAGCAGCCUGGGAGCCGUGGCCCCGGAGGGCAACCAGGAGCAGGGGACCAGGGACGGCAACGACGACCUCACGAAAGAGGACAUUGACUUGAUUGACAUCCUGUGGCGACAGGACAUCGACCUUGGCGCGGGAAGAGAAGUGUUCAACUACAGCAACCGUCAGAAGGAGAGCGAGGAGGAGAAGCCCAGCCUGCAGGAGAGCAAAGAAAGGAACAAGGAGCAGGAGAGCUGGAGAAAUGGAGUCAACCUCCAAGGGGCUCAGCCGGUGGACGGGGAGACUGGAGAGAGCAUUCCAGAGCAGCUCCCAGCUCUCGGCUCCCAGACGUCACUUUCUCUACAAGAAUGUCUGAGGCUGUUGGAGGCCACUUUCCCUUUUGGAGAAGAAUCUGAGUUUCCAGCCCCGGUUGUCGCUCCAGAAAUAGCUGUUACCACUGAUGAAGUUCCGUCGACGUCUCAGGCCGUUCCUCUGGCGCCACCGCCCCCCCCAGCGGAGCCCCAGUUAGACCUGGAGCAGCAGUGGCAGGACAUCAUGGCCAUCAUGGAGCUACAGGCAAUGGAAGUGAACAACACGCUCCAAACCGACUCCAGCAGCGUUAGUGGAACAUCUGAGGCAACCGAUUCCAACACGACAGGAAGUUUUGGACUCGCUCCUCGCCCAACGCCGAUUAACCAGGAUGUCAGCCUCCACCAGGCCUCCCUCCCCAGCUGCAGCCAAGACUUCCCCCAGAUUUUCGGCCCCCAGUUGGACACUGUUAGCAUCCCCCCAAGAACCCCCAUGCUCAGACUUUCUUCUAACAACUCCACCAACAUCAACUCCACAUUCGGAGCCACCAACCUGACAGGGAUCUUUCUCCCUCCGCACAUAAACAGCUCCAGUAGCAAUGUUACGUCCACACCCAUCCUGCCCGAUCCCUUCAGCACCCUGCUGGAGGAGUCCAUGCUGGAUGAGAUCAGCUUGUUGGACCUUGCCAUGGAGGAGGGCUUCAGCCAGGCCCAGGCUUCCCAGCUGGAGGACGAGCUUGACUCAGAUUCUGGUCUUUCCCUGGACUCCAGCCACAGCCCGGCGUCGCCAAGCAGCUCGGAGACUUCCUGCUCCUCUGUAGCUUCCUCCUCCUCAACGUCUGCCACCUUCUCUGAGGAAGGAGCUGUGGGAUACAGCUCCGACUCUGAGGUAGCCACUGUGGAGCCGGAGGAAGGUGCUGUCGGUGGUUACCAGCCCGGUUACAGUAAGCUGUGCCGUAUGAGCUAUCAGGACCCCUCCCAAUUCCACAGCCUCCCUCAGCUCGACAGCAUCAGCCACAAUCAUACCUACAACCUGCCGCUCUCCUCUGCUUUCACCGAGCACCCAGAGCUGCCCAUAUCAUCCGUGAAGAAAUCUGUCCGUGACAAAUCGAGCUCAAAGCUUCAGCCUGCUCAUGACUUGCUCGAUAAGCACGCCAGCCGCGAUGAGCGCCGAGCCCGCUCCAUGAAAAUCCCCUUCUCCAACGAAAAGAUCAUCAACCUGCCUGUUGAAGAGUUCAACGAGCUUCUCGCCAAGCACCACCUGAGUGAACCCCAGCUCGCCCUCAUCCGUGACAUCCGCAGGCGUGGCAAGAACAAGAUGGCGGCCCAGAACUGCCGCAAGCGCAAACUGGACACCAUCAUAAACCUGGAGCAGGGCGUCCAAGACCUGAGGCGCAACAAGGCGCGGCUGCUGAAGGAGAAGAUGGAGUUCAUUCGUUCCAUCCGGCAGAUGAAGCAGAAAAUGCAAAGUCUGUACCAGGAGGUGUUCACUCAGCUUCGAGACGAGGAGGGCCGGCCCUAUCCUCCCAGCGAGUACUCGCUGCAGUACAGCGCUGACGGCAGCGUGCUGAUCAUGCCCCGGUGCAUGACGGCGGCCGAGCAGAACCGUAAACCAGAGAAAAAACAGAAGGACAAAAAGAAGUGAGGGGAAGAAACUGCUGUUUAUUCUAUCACUUUGCUAAAAUCAGUAAGAAAGAUUUCUGCAGAAGCAAGAGAGAUGUCCUUUUUUCCUUUAAGAAGAUUCUGUUGAGUAGAAAAACGGCAUUGUUGACUACUCCUCCUGCGUUAGUUUCUCCCUUUUCAUUCUGUUCCUGCAUUUUUUUUCCUGUAAAAACUUCCACGCAGAAGUAGCUCUUCGUUUGAGUACUGAUAUUUCAUUAUUUGGACGGGGAGGGGGGGGACGAUAAGCGGGGAGAGGAGGAAUGUGAAAGGACAUAAAACGAGCUAUGAGAAAAAAAAAAUUUAGCUGCUCUUGAUCCUUUUGCACCAAACCACUAAGGAUGAAGAAGAUUGGUGUUGAGAGGAAGGAACACAGUCGACGAGGAGAAGCUAUGCACUGAAGGUUUUAAAGGACUAACAGGUCGCAUCCCACCCUGGAGACUUCUAGUGGUUUUCACUGAAGCUUUAAUGUUGCAAGUCUUCAGGCAAAGAGCAGCGUCAGUGGUCGGAGUUUAGAUACCAAAGGCUAAAGGAAGUCCAUCGUGUGUGGGGACGUCGGUAAAUACUGUACAAACUAGGGUUGUAUGGGGCGUCUUGCUUGAGCUGAACACAUUUGAAACGCUCAAACACUGCGCUCGUUAUUCUGUAGGUUUGCGUCACAGAUCCCCAGUUUCUCGAGUCGGUUUGCGAGCGGCGUCCAAGUCCAGAAGGACCUAAAGAGAUUGGGUUUGACGGGUGGAAGUCGGUUAUGAGACGAGGGAGGUGUCGGAGGCUGAAGUGUUCCCGGGUUAGGCCACUGAUUUAAAAGAGAGAAGCCCUGCGAGAGGAGGAGAUGUAUGUUUUAGGGAGGAGGCACACUGCAUUGCAAAAUGUAUCUACUUCCUUAUGAAUUAUACAUAGCACUGUAAUUUGUCUUUUAAAAGGCUUGGCUAUAUGCAUUUUGCCGUGUCUGUCGCUAUUCCUUCGCCGCCGGUUUAAGUACGGGAGCUGCGUUUAGGAAGGCUCUUAUUAACUGUUCAUAAUCUGUAGUAUAAGCAAGGUUAUAGGUCUCGCCACAUCAGCUUUACAUAGAAGUCUACAUCCUCUUUGUUGAUUUGAAAGCUUUGCACAGAGCCUGUAAUCAUUGUCGAGGAUACGACGCUGUGACGAGCCAGGAGUUACCGCCGACUCUCACAGGUCGAAAACUGGAUUUAUUUAUUUCCUGCGAUGCCUUUUUGAGCAUUAACUUAAAACACUUGUUGCCGUGGUUUAGCGACAUCCCUUUUAUUUGCCAAUUGAAAGCCACUUGAGGCGAUUUCUUUUUAAACUGCUGUAAAGCCAAGUUGUUUGGCCGAGUCCUGUGUUUUUCAGUUUUUUUUUUGUGUUGAACCCACAAAGUGAGCCAAGUUGUUGUGAGGUAAAAAUACUUUGAAUGCGUGAAAUGACGGCGUGUGUCGUUGCCACUUUGAGUCGAAUGCCUUUUAGAUUUCACAAUCUCUCUAUCUUCACCUUUAAGGUUUUGAGAAGCGAAGAAACGCGUUCUCAGAGUAGAAGUGCUAUUACUUGUCUAUUUGAAUGAUGUUCGUCGGUACGUAUGUUUCAUCACCCUCUGUGAAAAUACAGUUAAAAACAGGUCGGUCGUCGCAGCUGAGGUAGAAGUUAGGCUAGAAUACUUUACAAGAGGCCGAACAGAACACGCUACAUUAAGAUGAUGUCCAAAUAAUGUUUCUGAAAGAAAGAGAAAUGUCCAUUAAAUGUGAUUAUCAGGCAUGAAACUCCGGUUAUCAUUCACUUCAGUGUAACCCAGUGCAGCACCAACUAUUUAGUACUGCUACUACUUACUGCACUUUCUUUUCCGUUUGUCUCGUUCUGUAAAUAUUUUCAUGUUUGUUUGUCCUGAUUUUAAGACGUUGGUCAAAUGUCUCCAUCACAGUCUCACCCUCUGCUUUGAGUUUGGAUGUAGUUUCCUGUUUUGAGAUAUUUGCUGGCAAUCAAGAAUUGUUUUUAUUGAUUAAUAAAGUGUUUUUAUUUUCA